UAUCAGUAUCGCUGUGGGAGUCAUAGCCGUCUCAAGUGCUGGCGCAAGUGCGAAGGAGAGAACUUGUUCGAAAGGACCUUUCUUCGAAGUCUUCAGCGGAGGAUCCGCGGCGAGGGACGCCUCCACCAGGGAAGUGCUGUUCACGGGGAAGGACGGAAGGAGCGCUACGUUCCCCUGCGCCCUUUCUCCAAGGAAGUCAAAACCCCGAGGGCGCUCGACUGCAGGGCUCCCAACGCGAGCGAGUGUCGAGUUCCGACGAAGGGCAAACAACCCCGACAAGAAAGGGGCGGCUGAAGAGGACGAGUUCAAUGGAAACUCCGUUGUAACCCAUCCUGAAUAAGCUGCUCGCGACUGCUUUCUGCCAGUUACGAAAUCACAAGGUUUCCAUUUUCGUCUUUAAUUACAAGCACUGAAAGCCGCCAUGGUGUCUACUAAAAAACGCUUCUCUGUAUUUGGUCUCUUCAAGUGGAGUAUCAGCGCCAUCUUAGUUAUUUAUGCCUUUCUCCCCGUCGCCGCAUCACAAGACUGCUACGAGUACUUCCAAGUCGACGGUCAGACCUCCGAAGGCUUCGGCGAAAAUGUCUUCGUGACGAAAUCCGACAUACCCGAGACCCUGGGCGUAGGAGAUCUGCUGUACACGCUCACCUGGCAGAGUGGCGGCUCCCCUGGCACGCCUGACACUUCGACGUUCAUGGAGUACUUCGAAUUCGAUGCCAGUGAGACGGAUACGUGGAAAGUGAAGGUCAAGAAGUCGCUGGAAGGGCUGCCAGACUUCCCCGACAGCACGACCGAGAUGAUUACGAACAUCCAGUUCUCCGGAUACGCCCAGUCGUGCACCGUCCAGAUCAAACACAGCCUGAGGGACGAGAACACUGCUCCGCCGCAGUUCGACGCCUCCUCCUACGUUGUCAGCAUCAGGGAGGACUACCCGAUCGAAUUCGACAUCGCCGGUCUGCAGAUAAAAGUGAGCGACUUCGACAAAGAUUCUCCGAACAACCAGUUUACCGUGGAGGUCGAGGGCAGCCCGUGUCCUCUGAAGGCCUCGCAAGGAACAUACACUAGCGUAGAUGGAGCUCAGUCCCCCGUCGCGCUGUGGCUGACCAGUGAGUUGGAUUACGAGAAACAACAGCAGCUCACGUGUACACUCAAAGCUCAGGACUUGGGCACGCCAGCUUUUACAGCCACUGCUGAUCUUACGGUCAACGUGGAGAAUCGCCAAGACGAACCUCCAUUAUUUGGUUACAAGUUCUACUAUUCCACCCUUGAGAGCUCUACAGCCGGGGAGGUCCUCGUCGUCAAACCAGAGGCGAUUCAAGCAGAAAAUGUCGAAGGCACUGGCGUUACUUACUCCAUGGAGAACGCGCGCAGUGACGUGAACGGCUUGGAGUACUUCACCAUCGACAGCGGCAGCGGGACGGUCAGUGUAACGAAGGAUAUCGACAACAGCUUCCUAGAACAUGAGAGAGUCAGUUUCAUCCUGAAGGCUGAAGCCACGACCGGCGGCGGCGGCGCAGAUUUUUCUGCGCUUGAAGUGACCUUGCCGCCCGUACCGACCACCACCCCGCCGCCCACCACCACACCCACCACGACCACACCACCGCCCACCACUACACCCACCGUGGCGACGUGUCCCGUCUGCACGUGCCCAACCCUCGAGUCCACCUCGCCCUGGCCAGCCACCUCGCCGGCCACGUGUCCGCCCUGUGAACCCAGCACCACCGAGGCGGUGACGUGUACGCCGUGCCCCACCAGCACCCCUUGCCCGACCUUGCCCACGGGUGAGUCGACCGCCGCUGCCACGGAGUGCCCUACCUGUGCCCCGUCCACACUCUCUAGCUGGCUGUCCACCCUUGCCAGCACCGCCUCAUGCCCACCCUGCCCUACCACCGCCGCGACAGGUACUACUACCACCCCUCAUGAUACCGAGACCUACACAUCAGAUGCUACCUCGUGCCCACCUUGUCCCACCACAGCCAUGCCAGGCACAACCAUCACUCCUACAACUUGCCCAACAACAUGCCCCGAAUGCCCUACCACUUGCCCUUCAACGGAAGGACCUACACCAUGCCCCGAGUGCCCCACGACCUGCCCCUCCACAGAGACCCCUACACCAUGCCCCGAGUGCCCCACGACCUGCCCUUCCACAGAAAUCCCUACACCAUGCCCCGAAUGCCCCACGACCUGCCCCUCCACAGAGACCCCUGCAACAUGCCCCGAGUGCCCCACGACUUGCCCUUCCACAGAAACCCCUGCAACGUGCCCCGACUGCCCAACGAGCUGUCCUGAGUGCCCGAUAUCUUGCCCAUCGACAGAGACCCCCACCACUUGCCCAUCUGUCACUUGCCCCUCGACCGACCAACCUCCAGGGCCCACGCUGACCUUCAAGAAAGCCUCGUAUGCAGGAGAAAUUUUCGCUACGACCUCUCGCGUCUGGACGGUCGGGGUCGUUGAAGAAAACGCUGACGUGACAUUUUCCUGGGAGGGAGGCGAUGACAAGAACUUCGCCAUCGACCCCACGAGCGGCGAGAUCAGCUCCAAGAAGAGCGAACUCGAGGUCAAGAAGUACGAGCUGACCGCCGUGGCCACAGCAGGGGAACUCAGCGACACGGCGCAGGUCAUCAUCAAAGUCAUUGAACCUCUAGACGCGGAAGUGAUGAUCAAGAACAACCUGCUCCGGGUGGAGGCGGAGGAGGGCGCCGAGGAGCAGGAGCUCGCGGAAGUCGAAACCGUGGGCGACGUCGCCAAGAUCUGCGUCACCGACGUGACGGUGCCGGCUGCGGAGGAUUUCUUCUCGGUCGAGCUGGUAAACGGCGCUUGGAAGCUGAAGGCAAAAGCCACGCUGGACUACGAGGAAACCAAGGAGAUCUCCUUCAAGCUCAAGGCCCAGAAGGAUGGCGACGGCGACUGCUCCUCCAGUGGCUUCGGCGACCAGCUCCUCAGAGACGAAGCGCUAGUCGUGGUCACUGUGACGGACGUGAACGACGAGGAGCCGAAGUUCGUGGUUCCGGCGACGCCCCAGGCGGUCGUCGCCUACCCCACGGACCCCGCCCUCCAGAAGGUGGUGGGCCCAGUCAUCACUCUGCAGGCGGAAGACGAAGACUCGUCGCCGACGUACAGCCUGGAGAGCGCCGUGGACGGGCUCUGGGUGGACGAGGUCACGGGCGCCGUUUACCUGCAGGAGGAGAACGACUGCGGCCAGGCGUGCGAGGUCACCGCCCGGGCCUCCGACGGGAAGCACAGCGUCACUGCCGAGAUCAAGCUCUUGAGUCUGGACAUGGACCACAUCUACUCCCUGACCCUGGACAACGUGAACGUCCCCGAUGUGGACAGCGAACUCGACAGUAUCUCAGCGAAGGCGGGAGUCAAGAUCUCCAAGGUUUAUGUCACCCCGAAAAUCGCGGAGACCAGAACGCCUAACCGCGCCCAACGCCCGCCGCCCGCCGCACGAACACUCGGCUCCUCUCGCUGGAAUGGGUGGGAGGCUCGGGUUGAGUCCUGGCAGCUGGUGGUUCACGUGUAUGCCGUUGAGGGAGAGCAGCUGAUGGCCCUCGACCAGCUGAAUCAGAAACUGACCGAAGGAAACACCAACCAGGAGGCGAGCUCCUUCGAAGAGAGGGACGCCUUCGACCCGCCGCAGCCCGAGGGUCCGAACACCGUUGGGUACCAAGUGGCCGUCGGGAUCCUGGGGGCGCUGCUGGGCCUCAUUCUCAUUGCUGCGGGAUUCCUCGCCUACAGGCGGCAGCGAGGCAGGUCCGGGCGGCGGCGCCAGGAACCCAAGACCAUCAGCACGGUGGGCGGAGCCUACCCCAACCUCUCCUUCAGCGACGAGGAGGAUAGGACGGACAGCGCCUCCCAGGAGCGGAAGAACGGUUCCCUGGGCGGCGUGGGCGGAGGAGGAGGCUACAAGAUCGACGAGAGACGCGACUCCCCGCCCCUCUUCGUAAGCUCACUCUCGGCCUCCAAGUCGGAGCCGCCCGCGAGCAAACCCGGCGAGCAGCAGCGCGGUCUACGGCGCAUGGACCCCGGCAAGCCAGAGUACUACGGCAUGUCCUCCCCGGCGCCCCCGCCCUCCUACUCCUCCAACAAGACAGCCUCCUCCUCCUCCUCGGCGUACCCCAACCUCUCCUCCUCCGCCGCGGGCCCCUCCUCCUCCACCUCCUCCGCGGCCAAACCCAGCUCCUCGUCCUCCUCCAUGUACCCCUCGCUCCCGACGCCCUCCUACCAGAGCCAGAAGCCGGCCAAGAAGGAGCCCCCGCCCCUUGGUUCCGCUCCGGCCAAGUCGAUCCUGCGAGGAACCUCCCCCGACGCCGGCCAGGAGGUGCCGCUCGCGCUGUUCUCCAGUGGCAUGGAACCCAGCAUGCCAGAGAAGGACUACGACGAAGACGUCAAGACCUCCGCCUUCAGUGGCCUGAAGAAGUCGCCGCCCCCUCGGAGGGCGUCCACGCACGCGCUGGCCGAGGACGACGACGGCGCCAGGAAGCAGGAGGACUCCGACCAGGGCGACGACGACGAGCGGAGGAAGUCCGUGGCGUUCAAGAUCAUGGUCGACACGAAGGAGAUCCAGCCGGAGAACGAAGGCCCUGCCCAGAAGAAGGCGGCGGCGAAGAGCGACGCCAUGGACAUCCUUGCGGCCAACGCCAAGAAGAUGGCUGAAGAAGGCGCCGACGAAGACAGCGAUGAGGACGUGGACGAAAAAUUCUAAAGAAAUGUGAUGGUUGGUUAAUGACUGUAAGAGUGGGUUCGAUGCGAAAGAUGGCGUGGCGGUCUUGAGAAGAAAAUUUCAGCUCUUCGGGGCAAAGAUGGCCAUGGCAGCUAAUGGUGGGGUAAGGGGGAGGGGGGGAGGGCAUGGACAAUAAGAUACUCGUGGAGGAAGCAAGCAUAUCAUGAUGACGCAGGCGUUGUCGUUGCACCAGCAGGAAGAUUAUGGCUUGAUUAUGAUGAAGACAAGAAAGGCGUCGAGGCUGAAGGUAGAAGGACAAAAGGACACAGGAGAUGACAGACAUGACAGACAGCGGACGCCACGCCUCCAGCAGGAAGAGUGCAAGAGCGGGUGGGGCCUGGGGAGCACGUCUGGCCUCGAAGGGACAAGGUCAAUUGAUCACCUUUAUAU